AUGGCUCGACUACCCGUCAACGAGACCCUGGCUGGUCGGUCUCUCAACUUCUGUCUACCUCUGGAUCUUUCUCGACUGGAGAAUGCAAGACUAAGACUGGUGCCGUUCGAGCAAUAUUGGGAAUCGCUUUCUUCGAUGUUUGUUCAAGAGACGUCAAAGUGGCCAGAAUUGUUCAAAUACCUGCCCUUUGGACCGUUCCAAGACCAGGCACGGUUCAAGCUCUGGUAUGACGAGACAUUCGGCCAGAACGAAAGCGUGAUUCUCUUUGCAGUGCUCGUGAAGCAAGGAGCUCUGGAGAAGACGGCCACGGCGACGCAGAACGAUUCUUCUACAACACUUGGAGGAAGCGAGGAAUACACCUUCGCAGGUACUAUUGGCAUGCUGAACGCAGAUGUGGCGCAUUCAAGAGCGGAAAUCGGAUAUAUCAUUAUUCUUCCUCGGUUUCAACGCACCUUUGUCGCAACGAACGCCCACGGCCUUUUGCUGCAGCACUGUCUGGAUCCAAACCCGGAUCUCGAGCUGCGCCGUGUUCAGUGGCAAGCGAAUGCGCAGAACGCCGCGAGCAUCGGAUCUGCUCAAAGAAUGGGAUAUACACUCGAGGGCAUCACGCGCUGGCAACGCGUACUGCCCGAGGGUAAGACUGGAGUCGGCGCCACGGACCGAGAUGGAAAGGGACUUCCGGAAUUGGGCGCAGACGGGAGGCCGCUAGGCCCUGGAAGACACUCGGUGAUGCUUUCGAUGUGCUGGGAUGACUGGCGCUCUGGGAAAAGGGAAGCGGUGGCCGAAUUGAUGAGGCGCUAA